AUGUGGAGAGAGAGAGCAUUGAUAGUGUUGGUGGUUCUACUCCACCAAAUUCAUGGAGGAGAUGGUUGCUCCCCCAGUUCCUGUGGCAAAGUCACCAACAUAUCUUAUCCAUUCCGAUUGAAAGGAGACCCAGAAGGGUGCGGUCGGUAUGAGCUAUCUUGUGAAAACAAUAUAACGGUGUUAUCUCUGUUAUCUGGAACAUUUCAUGUGGAGGCCAUCAACUACAAUAAUUUCACAAUCCGACUGGUGGAUCCUGGACUUCAACCCACGAACUGCUCCUCCCUUCCCCGCUAUUCUUUGUCUCCCUCCAAUUUCACUGAUCUUUCCCUAGACGCCUUGCGUCCCUUCGGUGGAUUUCUGUAUAACUUUUAUCCUUAUUACGAUGAGUUUUUGUACGAGCAUAUAGUAUUUUUGAAUUGUAGUCAUGGAGUGAGUGGGAACAGUAAGUAUGUGGAUACUGGUGGAUGCGUGAAUUGGGAGUCCAAAGGUUACAUAUACGCUAUGGCUGUUGAUGACCUAUUAGCAAAGGACUUGGAAGUUGGUUGUCAAGUAAAGCAGGUUACUGGCACAUCUUGGUGGGGUUUGGAAACAUAUGAAUAUUCCUAUGCCACGAUCCACACAGCGCUACUUUAUGGAUUUCAGCUUUCAUGGAUUCCUCUCGCCUGUCAUGAUCAUUGUUCAGGUCCUUAUGACUGCUAUUUCAAUUCUUCCAGCAAGAAGCUUCAAUGCCAGGGUAUGACAUAA